AUGAAAGAAAUGGAGAAAGAGUUAGAUGUAUUAAUGAUAAUUAUUUUAGUAAUCAUUUGAUAAAAUAAAUAAUUUGAUUGAUUAGGUAUUCAUUUUAGAUAAUCCAAUUAAAACAAUUACUAAUAUUAAAUCAUAAUCAUCAUUACCAAAACUAAAUGAAUUUCAUUUUAUUCAUUAAUCCAAGUUUUAAUCAAACAUCCUUUAAGAAUUGACACCUUUAAUCAAAUCAUAACUAUAAUUAAAAUAACAUCAUAAUAUUCAAUCUCAAUCUUCAUUUAAUCUAAAACCAUUUCAUUAUAUUUAACAUAAUUCUAUUAAAUAACAGAAUGGUUGUUAUGCUUUUGCUUUUAAUAAAGUUUGUUCAAUUAUUGCAGUUGGAUAGAAUUCACAAAUAAUAAUAUAUGAAUUCAAAUAAGAACUGUCUAAAUAAAUUCAAGUAUUAGAUCGACUACAAGAUGAUGUAAAAACAUUAAAUUUUAUGAAAAAAUCUAAUUAGUUGAUAUCUGGAGAUCAUCAAGGCAAUAUUUAAAUUUGGUCAAUUAAUAACAACAAUUCAUGGGUUUGCUCAUAAACAAUUAAAGGACACAAUAGUCAAAUUAAUUGUUUAAUUGUGAAUAAUAAUGAAGAUAUGUUUAUGUCAGGCAGUAAAGAUAAGACAAUUAAGUUUUGGGUUAAGCAAAAUUAAUGGAUCUGUUCAUAAACAAUCACAGAUCAUCAAAGUU